UUUUGGGAUUAUUUCAGGAUUAUUUUGGGAUCAUUUCAGGAUUAUUUCGGGAUUAUUGUGGGAUUAAUUUGGGAUGAUUUCAGGAUUAUUUCGAGUCUAAUUCCGAAUAUUUUGGGAAUUCUUUUUCCCAUGGGCUCCCCCCUGGCCCUGCUCCCCCUGCUGCUCCUCCUGGGGGGGGUCACCCCCAUUUUUGAGGGGAUCCCGAUUUUUGGGGCGGGGCUCCCCAAAGGGGGCGGGGCCUGUCCCGGGGGCUGCGCCUGCGACCGGGACGGAGCCUGGUGCCGGGGGGGGCGGGGGCGUCCCCCGGGGGCUCCCCCCGCGCUUGGCCACGCUCUCCCUGAUCCGCUGGGACAUCGAGGCCCUGCCCCAGGGGAGCUUCCGGCACCUUCCAGGGCUGACCCUGCUCCUCGUCACCUCGGGCCAUUUGGGAUCCAUCGGGGACGGAGCCUUCGAGGGACUGGGGGCACUGGAGUACCUGUUCAUCAAGGACUCCCGGCUGGGCUCCAUUGCUCCCUCGGCUCUCCGGGGGCUCUAAUUCCUGAGUUUGGCCAACAACCGCCGGAGUUGCUGCCACUGGGGCUGUUCCAGGACCUGGGGACACUGAGCCAGCUGGACCUCCGUGGCAAGCCGUGGCGCUGUGACUGUGGCCUGCGCUGGCUGCUGGCCUGGCUGGGCGCCCGCCCCUCCCCCACCGGCCCUGAGGGCGGGGGGCGCUGCCGGGGGCCCCUCCCCCACCAGGGCACCCCCCUGGCGCUGCUGAGCCCGCGGCAGCUCCAGUGCCAGCGCCACGGCUCCUCCCCCGUCGCCUGCCACCCCCUGGCCAUUGGUGACACCCUGCUGCUGGUGGUGGCCCAGGUGGGUGGUGGCUCCUGGGUUUGGCGCCGCUCUGGCGGCCCCAGCUCACCCUUCAUCCGCCACCAAGCGCUGGGCUCAGGCCAGCUCCACCGUCCCCACGCCGUCACCGCCGCUUGCCUCGGCGGCCACCUCUACCUGGGGGUGGCACCAGCACCGUGUUCUGCUGGAGUUCCGGAGGGUUCUACCUGCACCAGCAGCUGCGGCCAUGGCAGCGCAACAUGCACCUGGAGUUCCUGGAGCUGGGCAGGCGCGCGGCGCUCGUGGUGUGCCCGACGUGUACGCAGCCAAGCACUUCUGGGUCAAGGGUAGCGUGUUGCUGUGCUUGAUGAGGUUUUUGGGGGACGCCAAGGUGAGAGGUUAUGGGGGAUUUAUGGGGUUAUUGAGGGAUUUAUGGGGUUAUUGGGUUAUGGGGUCAUUGUGCCCCACACCGACAUCCCACACGUGUGCACGGUCAAGCACUUCAGGGCCAAUGGUGGGGUCUUCUUGUGCCUGUCGAGGUUUUUGGGGGACACCAAGGUGAGAUUAUGGGGUUAUUAUAGGGUUAUUGGGUUAUAGGGUUGUGGGGUUAUGGAGUUAUGGGGUUGUGGGGUUUUGUGGGCAGCCUGUGCAUGAUGUGGUUCUUGGAGGACGCCAAGGUGAGAGGGAUGUGGGGUUGUGGGGUUAUUUGGGUUAAUGGGGGUUAUGGGGUUUUGGAAGGCUUGUGGAGUUGUGGGAGUCAUCAGGGUCAUGGGGGUCAUGUGGUCAUCGUGUGGUCAUGGGUGUCCAUCAGGGUCAGGUGGGGUCACCCCGGUCAUGGUGGUCGCUACAUGACCACAGGGGUCCAUCAGGGUCACGUGACCCCACCUCUGACCCCUGACCCCAUGAAUGACCCCAUAACUGACCCCAUGCCCAGGUGAUGCUAGGAGGGCUCCAACCCUGUCCCAUGGUCCUACAACUGACCCCAUGGUCCUACAAUCCAUCCCAUGACCCUAUGAGAGACCCCAUAACUGACCCCAUGAGUGACCCCAUGGCUGACCCCAUGAGU